UGUGUCACUCCUAUUUUUCCUUCUCAGUAGCUUCCAAAGCAGGAGCUUACAAGGAUGCUUAACAGCUGCAUAACCCAACAGAACCAUUCCUCCAAUGACAUGCUGCUGGACUUCUCAGAGAAGCUCCAUGCUGUUCUGAUAGUCCUGUACCUCAUCAACCUGGCUGGUGGCACCCUUGGGGUCAUUAUAAUGUCCCAGCAGUUGUUUCAAAGGAGAUCACAAUCUGUGAUGACCAUUAUCAUCAUCAGCCUCCUCGUGCUGCACACCUUCAUGCUCCUCACCAUCCCCUUCCGCCUCAGCUACUACAUUUUGGGCGAGUGGAAAUUCGGGAGGUUCGCGUGCAGGCUCGCCAGUGCCUUCAUCUACCUUCACAUGUACGCCACCUUCUCCUUCUAUGUGGCCAUCAUCGUUGCCCGCCUCCUGCGCCUGGAAUUCCGCCGGUGCUACACGGCCACCUGGGUGGGCUCUGUCUGGCUGCUGGGAGCCCUGGUCAUCACUCCUGUCCUUCUCUCCUACUACGGCACCUCCAAGUCCUACAACUCCUCCAAGUGCUUCCAGUUCCACAGGGAGAUCCAAGAGGCUCACAUGGUGAUCGCAAACUACUGCCUGGUUGGGAUUUUGGUGUCAGUGUGUGCUGUGCUCACCGUAAUCCAGCUGACUGUGAUCUACAGAGUAGCUGUCAAACACUGGCCUGACGUUAGCUGUCAGCUGGAAUUCAGGGCGCAGGCAAAGAGUUUCUUCUUCAUCCUGGUGACAUUGGUCUGCUUUAUGCCUCAUCAUGUAUUCAGAGUAUAUUAUAUCCAAAACUACCUUGAUGAAGAUCAUAAACUGCUCCUGUAUAACGAGGUUUUUUUAGCUUUAACAACAAUGUGCUGCUUGGAUAUGCUGUGCUUUAUAGCAGGAAUUGCCCACUGAACUGUGACCUUCCACGAAAUCCAGCUGCAGUGCAUCAAUGCUGGCUUUUGACAGAAUUGAAACUGUGUUGGGGUUUUCCUGAGCUAGGAAGACUGGUGAGUUUUGGCAUGUGUCUACAGGUCUACAGCAUUGCUUGGCUUUUGCAGACCAGUAAGGUUUCUCUUUCACAAGCUAAUGAUUUUUGUUUUCUCUCUAGAAGGCAGACACACACAUGAGUCUUACUUCUGUCUUGACCUAAGAGUCAUGCCUUGAACUUUCAUUAAGAUUUUCCUGAGGGUCCUUCUCUAGCAAUUACAGCACAAACAUAUGUUCCUUUAUCACUUUUUUCCUCAGUGUCUCAGUAGCCACAACCCACUGUGGCCAAUAAGUUGUCUGCUCAGAAGAUCUAACAACGUCUUCUGGAAAUUGUGAUAUCGAAGGGGAGAGAUGGAAGAACGAAAUUCCUUUACUAUGAUAUUUGUAUUGGUGAUUUUAUAGAACAAGGACAUAAACUCUAUUCAAAUGAGAAAUACUCAGAGAAUCACAGAAUGGGUCAGAUUGGAAGGGACCACAGAGUAUCGUCUGGUCCAACCUCCCUUUGUAUAAUUUACACAAAGUAUAUAUUAAAUUAAAUUGUAUGAAAACUAAUCAUUAUCACAACUUCACCUUUACUUUUGUCAUUCCAAAUCCACAAGCAGCUCACUGAAUUGUGAUAAUUAUAUAUUUAGAUUGAAUGAGAGCAGAACAGACCACAGGAUUCAGAACUUCUGCUUUAUGUCACUCUUCUAUCAGGACUGAAUCUGUGGUUGUUAUCUCUUAGGCCCAUUGUAGCCAGAAAAAUUUCUGUGGUUCCAUAACUGGAUC